UCAAAAGCCAUUAGAAGAACCACCAAAAGCACACCUUUUACACAUUCUAAGAAGGCAAAAUGGCUUGCUUACAUACUAUUUAAGCAUUCCUUUUACAGUCAGUCAUCUCCGUCCUCCAUUAAUUCCUCUCUCUCUUCCAUUCUGCUGCUUCAGCCCAUAGGAACUUGAGAGCCAUUAGAAAAACCACCAAAAGCACACCUUAUUUAAGCACCCCUGUUACAGUCAGUCAUCUCCAUCCUCCAUUAAUUCCUCUCUCUCUCUCUCUCUCUCUUCUCCUGUUUCAGCUAUGUCUCGAUCCUACGAACGUCUGCACCUUAAAUGUGAACUAACCAACAUCAAAUUGACCAAACUCAACAGCCCUGACUUCGUCGGAAACCUCUUCAUAAGAUGCUACGUAAAUGCCGGUGGUGGGCGGAGGAUCAUGAUCGACUCCUGCGACGUGCCACCAACCGGCGAUCCGACAUGGGAUAGGAUGGCUUCGGUGGAGUGCAGUGGGUCCUCCCGCCACGUGCGUGACCUCCUCGAGCGGCACGGCAUCGUGUUCGAGCUACGAGGACGCAGAAGCGAUCGGAGGCAAGCGGCUGAGGCAGCCUCGUGCUCCGAGCUCCUGGGCACAGCCGAGGUUCCAUGGCGAGACAUCUGUGGACCGACUGAAACGUCGGUGCACAGACAUGUCAGUCUCGUCAUGGCUGGCGGCGCGCACGUCGGUGACACGCCGCCGGAGGUGGUGGUCUACAUGGCGGUUCGAGUGUCCAAGGUGGGGAAGGUUGGCAAGAGGAUGGAAUGGGAGGAGGGAUGUGAAUGGAGUGUGGGUGAGGAGGACGUGUUUGCUGCUGCUGCUGCUGCAGUUGUGGAUGAUGCAUUCUAGCUAAUCCUUGUUCACGACAAGCACUGCUCGACAAUUCUCUUAAUGCAAGUCAUCUGUUUUCUUGUACUAUUUCCUUUCACAUAAGCCAACAAAAGAAAUGCUAACUUAAUCUC